AGCCGGUUCUCCUCGCAAGGACUCCUGGCCCCUCCCGUAUCGAUGUAACCGAGUUGGGGAAAGUGUGGUUUCCGUUGAACAUGGAGAAGUUCUUCAUCCUGCUUGGAUUCUACCUUUAGCCCUUGGGAGCAUUCUCUAACACAUCCAAACUACCAUCCAGACCCAAGAAACCGAGGUCCACAACAGGUCAAGAUGGGGUUUAUAUUCUCAAAAUCUAUGAGUGAAAACAUGAAAAACCAACAGGAGUUUAUGCUUAUGAAUGCUCGACUCCAGCUGGAAAGGCAGCUAAUGAUGCAGAAUGAAAUGAGAGAAAGACAAAUGGCCUUGCAGAUUGCUUGGUCUCGGGAAUUCCUCAAAUAUUUUAGAACUUUUUUUGGCAUUGCAGCCAUAUCUUUAACAGCUGGAGCAAUAAGAAGGAAGAAGCCAGCCUUCCUCUUCCCUAUUAUUCCAUUAAGCUUCAUCUUCACAUACCAGUAUGACUUAGGAUAUGGAACCCUUCUACAAAGAAUGAAAGGUGAAGCUGAGAACAUACUGGAAACAGAAAAGAGUAAGUUGCAGCUGCCAAGAGGUGUGAUCACUUUUGAAAACCUUGAAAAAGCCAGAAGGAAACAGAGUAAAUUCUUCAUAGACAAAUGAAAUCAUGUUUACCCACCAAAUCUCAAAACACAAUUAUUGACUUGAAUCAUGGUUUUUACAAAUUUUUAGAUGAUUGAGAUUUUGAUAUCAUGGAUUUUAUUUUAAAAUAUUAAAAUGCAAGAUGGGUUUUGUUAAACUAUUUUAAAAUAAAAUUUAUAACAUCAACACAAAAUCAUGGAGGUACGCUAAAUAACUUUCAUAUUUCCUAUGUAUGUGUGUAUUACAAAUAUCUAAAUGUAUAAUUAAUAAAUUAUAUUGUUUUG